UACCCAUACAGCCUUUCUACACAUAGUUUUAGCUCCUAAAACACCUUUACGCAUACUUUUAUUACGUCUAAAUAACACAAAAGCGGACAGAAAGUGAUAUGUCCUUAUUAGGAAACGUAAAUUGCGUAACGAUGUCUGACGUCAGAGCAGUCACAAGACCUUGCUAGCAGAGCGGUGUGUGAGGCCACGGGGCAGCUCGUCCACAUCUUGUGUUAUGUAGUGUCUCAAAGGCAGGACUGGCGCCAUGGCCACGGAGAAACAGAGCUCGCGGGUCUCUCGGAGCGGAAGAGGCGACUGUUUUCUGUGAAUUGUUUCAGUUUUCACGGCGCAGGAAUAAAGCUCCCCGAGGCUGUACCUAUUGCAGUGUUAUAUCAGCGGAAGGCAUUGUGUAUGCGUGCGUGGCGGCUGUUGUCGGCGGCGGCAGUGUCUGGCUUGCUCAGCCGCACAUCUCCAUCCUCGUUAGCAAGUCAGCAACUCAACAUUGUGUGCUUACAUCGACGCUAAGCUAGCAGGGCUGCUAGCUUGGCCGGUUUGUUUGGUGGGAGCUGGUGUGUAGGUGAUGUUGUCCGUGCUGUCGUACGGUAGACUGGUUGCCAGAGCUGUCAUCGGCGGACUUUCUCAGACAGACAGCCGCGACUACAGUCUGGUGACAGCGAGCUGCGGCUUCGGCAAGGAUUUCCGCAAAGGUAUCCUGAAGAAAGGGAUGUGCUAUGGGGACGACGCGUGCUUCGUCGCUCGGCACAGAUCCGCAGAUGUUUUGGGUGUAGCAGAUGGAGUUGGUGGCUGGCGGGACUAUGGAGUGGACCCAUCGCAGUUUUCAGGUACACUGAUGAAGACCUGUGAGAGGCUGGUGAAGGAAGGACGCUUCGUCCCCAGCAACCCUGUUGGAGUCCUCACGACCAGCUACUACGAGCUGCUGCAGAACAAAGUGCCACUACUGGGUAGCAGCACGGCCUGCAUUGUGGUUUUGGACCGGCAGAGUCACCGGCUGCACACAGCCAACCUGGGAGACUCAGGCUUCCUGGUGGUCCGGGGAGGGGAGGUGGUCCACCGCUCAGACGAGCAGCAGCACUACUUCAACACGCCCUUCCAGCUGUCCAUCGCUCCCCCGGGGGCCGAGGGGGCCGUCCUCAGUGACAGCCCUGACGCGGCAGACAGCUCUUCCUUUGACGUCCAGCUGGGGGACAUUAUCCUCACCGCCACCGAUGGGCUUUUCGACAACAUGCCUGACUACAUGAUCCUGCAAGAGCUGAAGAAACUCAAGAACACAAACUAUGAGAGCAUCCAGCAGACCGCCCGGAGCAUCGCAGAGCAGGCCCACGUACUGGCAUAUGACCCCAACUACAUGUCGCCUUUUGCACAGUUUGCCUGUGACAACGGACUGAAUGUAAGAGGGGGAAAGCCAGAUGACAUUACAGUGUUGCUGUCCAUAGUGGCAGAAUACACCGACUAGAGUCUAUGUGGAACUGCGACAGGGGGGCCUCUGCAGGUGUUGGACUACUUUGAUUCCUGCUGGCCAGGAUGAAGGACUGAUGUCAGAUACUUCCCCCUGCAUGCACUGGCUCUACUCUGCCUCAACCCCCAGCUGACCAUCAACCCCUUCUUCCCCCAAAAAACUCCUACAUGCCCACUGAUGGCGUACAUCACAGAGGGGCUGAAUAAAGAGGACUAGAGGCCUGAAACAUCCUCUUGGCCAGGCUGCAGUGUUGGCGUCUUUGCAGUGUUCCAGUGCUCACUGGAUAAUCCCAUUGCCCGGGAUAAGCAGUCAUUGAGCACGUUAGAGAUGAGGAUCCUGUCUGACGAGGAUAAGUCGUCUUUCUCUGAUAGGUGGUUUGAGACGGUAGGUGUUAGACUGUUAAAGCGGCCCCACGCUGGGCUGCUGGAAGGGAAAGAUACAGUCCAUCAGUAGUGUCAAGAAGGGAACUGCACAGGAAAUGGCAGCAUUAGGGCUCAAUAAAUGGGCUACCUUGUGCAAGCAGAUGUUCCUUAUGAUACAGUGGUAGUUAAACCUUUGUCAAAGGGCCUGGAACCUUGUAUGUGGGUGCAGCAAGCAUAUGUUUGAUAGUAGGAUAUGACCGGUGUGCUGUUCUAGGAUGUUUUUGUUUAAAUGCUUGCAAAACAUUAGUGUUUUGUGACAUUUAUACAUCUGUGGUUAGUUUCUUGAUGGGGUGAUCCAAUAAGAUUUGAUGAAGAGCGGCAGCUGCCUUUUCCAUACCAGUGUAAUUCAAGUCCUGCACACAUUUUGUUACUUUAGAUGGCUGUUGGGAUGAGGAUUUUAUAGUUCAAAAGCCUCUCCAGAUAUAUAUUGUGUCAAACUGAUGCCCUCCCUUUAAUCUCACAGCUGCUGCUGAAGUCUUGAUUGUGAUUACAUGUGAUGUCUAUGAAUAUGUGUGUGUGAUGAAUGCACUCAUGUGCUUGUCCAUGUGUCUACUGAUAUGUGUAAUUAGUGUCCAUGAAAUGGAUGCGAAGGCUACAGACUUCUCCAUAUCCACUGGGCUUAAUUGGACCUCGCAGCCUUAAACGCACAAAGCUUAAGAAGCAUAUCUGAUAAAGCUCAAGAUAGUGGAAGUUGGUCAGGUGACCAAAUGUAUUUUUGUAACUUCUUUGUUCAGUGGGAUUGUUGAAUUCUUUGGACUGAUGGCAGCAUCAGAGUAGCUUUAGAAGCUGUUCUCAAUCAGCGUUUCCUUUUCUUCUCUCUCUCGCCCUCCCGCUGUAGAGCUCCAAUAGCACAUUCAUAAGUCAGGUCACUGCAGGUUUCAUGUGAAAAAUGCUCAUUAUGUUUCCAUUACAUCACUACAGAUUUGCACUCUGCAUUUACCACAACUUUUACCCACAGUAAAAAAUAUUUCUUAGUAAAAAUCCGUAUUUUGUGUAAUGUUAUGAUGUGCCUUGUAUCAGGUGUCGUUGAUACUGGCAAAACAGCUUUCCCAUCAUGCCCUGCUGUCUUAACUAGGUCUUUUCACCAACUGUAUGUUCAACCUUUUUUCUCCUGAAAUCUGCUUCUCUGCACUCAGUCAGGAGCUUAGGAAUAGUGACAAAGCCAUCACACGCUUAGAAAAUCCUCCCUGUGGAUCUUCAGAUCACUGUUUACAAUCUGCACUAUCUAAUGGACUGUUUCCAUACUUAAUCUGACAAGUUCACACUGGAAGACUGCAGUGUCAGGUGUCAAUUUGAAAUGGGGCUGACGCGCAUGGAAGAGUGGAUUUAGGCAGUGAAUGGUCAAAAUGUGAGUUUUAAGUGUUCUAGCACUGAGGACAAUCUAAGCAGCCUUAACUAUAUUGCAAAGCAAUUCUCCCAGUCAGAUGGUACUGCUAAGGUUAGCUUUGUGGUUCCUGCUUCCUGACUCAUACCUGCCCUGACACCCUUCCCUGUCGUCUCUCAUCUUCCUCUUCACUUUGUUACAACCAGAGCAUGUCUAUAUAUAUA